AUGAAAGGCGGACUCCGUAUCGCGGGGUUCUGCGUCUCGUGUCUCGUUCUAUUCUCACUAUAUCUACUCGAAGCGCAUCUUCAAGACAUUUGCAAUCAAUAUCGCGCUGGCGCAUACGUGGUCAAUUGGCUUGAUCGCAAUGACACGACUUCAAGCCCGCAUGGUGACACCACGCCGGGUGAUAAGGUGAUUGUUAUGGCGAAGCUAGAAGAAGAGCAUACUGAAUGGGUGGAAGAAGAGCUUCCCGACUGGCAACGGGCAAUCUACAUUGUCAACCCCUCGCACGAAACACGACUAAACCCCGACGCUCUUACGACCCCGUUCAACAAAGGCCACGAAGCCAUGGCCUACUUCACCUAUAUAAUCGAAUACUACCACACCCUUCCCUCAACCAUCGUCUUUCUCCACGCCCACCGUGCAGGCUUCCUUAUGGCAUGGCACGUCGAUGCCCCACUCCACGACAAUGUCAUCGCCAUGCGCAAUCUAAAUCUCGAUUUCGUCCAACAGAACGGCUAUGUGAAUCUUCGCUGCAAUUGGAAUCCCGGCUGCAAGAACGCCCACCGCUCCAAUGCCCAUGUCACCGACCAGAUCUGGUCGGAUGUCUUCGCCGGCACGAGUACGCCACCCUUGAAUACUUCCUCGUCCACGGAGCAGGAAUUCGCGGGCCAGAGAUAUCUUCGUAAGCCUGCCGAGAUUGGUGCUGCAUGCUGCGCGCAAUUCGCCCUCUCGCGAGAUCAGGUUCAGAAGCGACCGCUGGAGGAUUAUAUCAAGUUUCGGCAAUGGAUUAUCGAUACGGAACUUAGCGACGCUUCGUCCGGGAGGGUGAUGGAGUUCUUGUGGCAUGUCAUUUUUGGUAUGGAAGGGGUAUAUUGUCCCGAGGAACGGAUGUGUUAUUGUCAAGUCUACGGACAGUGUUGA